AUGAAGAAAGGAAGCACAGCGAAAGUCUAAUGUUAUGACUACACUAUACCUAAUAUCUUUUCGUGCCGAUAUGAAAAGCUAUCUAAGUACAGUAUGAACGGGAACAGCACAGAGCUCUUAUCGAAGAAAAGACACCGGAGCGGUUGGCCGAGAGGUUUUGCUGCACUACGGUCCGAAUGUAUGUUCGCACAAUGCGACGUGGAGGCGUGUGUAGCCGAGCGGUUAACACCUGGAACCCUGGAUUUGGAGGUCCGGGGUUCAAGCCUCGCCCGUUGCUUUUUUUCCUUAGAGAAGGAACUUUACUCUACUUUGUCUCUCUUCACCCAGGUGUAUAAAUGGGUACCGGCGACAUUUAACUGCUGGGGGUAACCCUGCGAGGAACUAGCAUCCCGUCAAGGGGAGAGUAGUAAUAAUCCUAGGUUUGCUUCAUGCUAGGCUUGCUCCAUCUUCGGAAACCGGAAAUAAACUCCGGCCGCUUGUGCCUUUGGCACGUGUGCACCUUUACCUUACAAUGUGACGAAGGCUGGAAGAAACUUACCUAAUACUACAUUUCGAAGAUCGCCGAGGCACAGCAUCGCUUCGGUACAGAAAUCGCGCCGAAAUCGCUGUGGCUUUUUUUAGUUGUGUGUUUGAAUAGAAGCCCAAUCCAAUAUGUUUGUCUUGUCGCCUCAAGAGCUGUCUGGUAAAAUGUGAAUAUAGCCUUAGCCAGGGAAUUGGAAUCCUUUCCAUAACUUAAUUGUUUCGCCUUUUUUUUUUCUUUUUUUUGGUAGCAUCAGUAAAAUUUCAAACGGCACUCUGGCUUAGCCACCCCAUGUUUAAGGUGGCUGAACAAAGUUUCUCUAGAAAUGCUCUAUCGGCCUUUAAAAAACUGCGCAUACCUGUAAUAUUAUUAUCAGGGAAUAUGCAGCAAAUUAGCUUUGUAAGAAAAAAGUGUGGGUAGUAGCUGAUACCCAAUGAAAGUUUGUAAUGAUCCAUAAACUAUCAAACUGUGUACAGCCACCUUUAGUUAAUACUCCUGGAGAGGCCUGGAUCAGACUGACGAAUCUAUAUGCGUUUCGCAGGCGACAGUUUUAAAUAAAGUCCUCAAUGCUUUGCUGUUUUAGCUUGUCCAGUUGGUUGGUUGCAAUACCAGACCUCCUGCUACUUGUUGUCGAGUGAGAUGGCAAAUUGGAUAAAUGCUACAGAGAGAUGCACAAGUUUAAAUUCUCAGCUGGUGACCAUUGCAAACAGAGACGAAAAUGACCUCGUCGCUUCCUUUGCCAGUAGUUUCUUUUGGAUAGGCGCUGAAUGGAAUGAAACCACGUUAAACUAUUCUUGGGUAGAUGGUUCAAAUAUUUCAUUUACUGAAAGAUGGAAAAACAAAAAAUAUAGUACAGAUUUGUGUGUGGGUAUCUGUGGCAGCGUGUCAAACGAUAAAGAAUGUGAAAACAUGAGCGAAUGGUACCAAGAUGACUGCUUUCAUCUUCAUUACUUUGUAUGUGAAAGGAAAGGUAAGUGACUUACGUACAGAGAAGAGAAAAAUUGAUUUAUGUCUCUAAAAACACGAUAUAUGAGUUGAAUUCCAUUUCUCCACCCUUCUAGCUAUUUCUUGGGGGAAUAAAAUCUCAAACCAGAAAGUUAGAGAGCUAAUUCGUUUUUAAACAUUUUAUUUAUUGACAUUUUUUUGCGAAGCCUGUUGCAAAACAAACUUCGUCCAUGUUUACAAAGACACUGUCGUUGUUGUUGCUGUCGUGUAUUUUUCUUCUCGUUCAUGUUUUACAGAACACCAAGCCUAGUGUUCACCAUUUGUAAUAGACUAAGAUAGUCCAGAUGACUGUAGUCCUGACUGCAAACUUUUCGGGAAGACAAUCAGCAAAUGGUAUGACUCCUUAAGGUUCAAGCUUAGCGUUAUUUGCUAUAAGUGGCUAAGGUUUUCCUUUACCGACAGCUUAUCAGGAAGCUGAAAAUCUUAAAUGCAACGACACGUCACUCGGAUUUGAAAAUGGGCUCUUCCCUGAUGAAAACAUAACAGCUUCGUCAACAUUCUUUGAUAAAUACCCAGCAAAAGCGCGGUUAGCAGGAGAAGAAGCCUGGUGUCCACAAACAAAAUCGUCCCAGGAGUACUUGGAGAUCUCGUUAAGCUCAUUACACAGCAUUUGUGCUAUAGCAACACAAGGAUUUCACAAGAUUGGUGCAUUUACGACGACAUACCUUCUACAGCUAUCAACAAAUGGUACACGCUGGGAAUGGUAUAUGCAAAAUAAUGGACAUACAGAGGUAAAAUAUGAGCCAAAUAUUUUAUAAAACUCAGAAGUAUUCUGGUUAAAAUGCAUACAUUGCCCACCUACUUAAUUUUUUUUUUCGCUUGAGCUAGGAGGGCGUUUCUCGUAUGACCUCCAGCUCAUGCUAAUAACAAAAACUCAGAAUGUUUUACUUUGAAACUAAACUUUUGGAUUACAAAAAAUUCUUGCAAAAUAGAAAACUGUACAUGCAUGAAGUGCAUAUGAAAAGAAGUACGCACCUGCAACCUCUCCUGGUCAAACCUCUUGGGACACUAAUUAACGCAAUAUAUAGCUGGUCAAAAUGAUACAUUUUCUCUUCCCCUCCCCCUCCCCCGUGCAGUGUUGACGUUAUGCCUUGAAGUGUUUUUCAACAAAGUCAGCAUUGCUUAGGGGAGAGGGGGACAGCAGAAAAAGGCUCUUACAACAACAUUUUCAAGCUUUUAUAAGAAGUAAAAUACGAGUUUGUUCAGCAAAGUGCGUUUCAGGCCUCAUUUCUACAAGCAUCCCGAGAGGUUUUGACCUGCAGUUAUGCAACGUGCGCGCAUGUUAAUGAUGGUAAACACUUCUCUAAUGUUCUUAUAGAUAUUACAAGGCAACGUCGAUUCGUAUGGGAUUGUUAAAAGCGAAUUUCCAUUCGCGCCCAGGGCCCAGUAUGUGCGUAUCUGGCCAGAAUCGUUUUGUGUUCAUCCGUGCUUAAGGAUUGAGAUUUAUGGAGUUCCGGUCAAUAAUUUUACAGGUGGGUAGUUUAAGAACUUGCACGUAGAAUGUUGGGAAAUUAAAUGUAAAUUAACAUUCAUUCAAAAUGUUUCCCCAAUUCUGAUUGGCUAAAAGCACACGCAUAAUUCACCAUAACCAGUUACUGAUGACCAAAUUUGGAAGAAUUUUGUGUUUAACUAGGAAAUGACGUCAAAAAUGCAGCCUUCUACAGGUUAAUGUACCAUUAACCGAGAAGACCCGGGGACGAGGUUGAGUUGUUGUCGUUUCUGAAAACAAAGAGAUGGCGGACAUUUGUGAAAACUAAAAUGGCGCACACCUCACUCGUUUCAAGAGUAAGAACUACAGCUGGAGCUAAGCGAAAUAAUGGCUAAAACUAGCAAAAAAAAAAAACAGCAAGAAGACAACUCGGAGGGCGACAUCUGCUAUUUGAAGAAUAUUUGCGGAGCUGGACAAACCUAAACGUACACUAUCGAAGAUAAACUUAACAUCGAUGCAGGUAAGCAUGUUUUAGCUGUCUUUAAACUAAGAAUUAUUUUGAAUGAGUAAUAAGGCCUCUGUGGAUGACACCCUCCGAGAUCUGCUUCAUAUCCUACGAAAGCCGAAUUCGUUAAUAAAAAUGUCAAGAGGUAACUAAAUAAAUAACGUCAAGAGGUUGAUUAGGUCUUGGUCAAGUGUGUUUUUGUGAAGAAAGUGUGAUUGAUUGGUAAUACCUUUUUUAAGAUAAAUAUAGAUGAGAAUUUUCUCGAAUGACGUAUAUGGUUUUAUGCCUUUACGUGCAAUUUGGUCAAGUGAACGGAAUAUUAUUAGCUUUUUUUUCGGAGGGAAGUUAAGGAAACUAACAAAUUGAUGGCAAAUUUGAGUUAUUAAAUAAUUUUUUUAAACAGUUCUUCCGUUUGUUGGUUAGUUUGUCUUUUGAUUUUUAAUGACUUGCAGGAUUUAUCCCUCUUGCGCCAAUUGAAUUCCGACUUUUUACUUGAAUUUUGUCUUCCCGGAUUUCUUACGUAGAUUUCCUUUGCUCGCCUUCGCCGAGCUGUUUUGGUAUCUGUUUUAUCCAAUGCCUUCAGAAAUACUACUUAUCAGAAAGGUAAAACCCAUUGCAUACUCCGCGGUAUGCAACUAGUGGUGCGUAGUAUGGAAAAAAAUCCGGCGGCCAGAGUGCUCGCUGCAACCACGUUUUCCCGCUGAUAAAAGAGCAGAUGUCGAUAGACAGAUAACGACAGAUAAAGCUUUCCUCUCUUUUAAAAAGUAUUGAUUAAAUAGUAUGUGUUAUAGUUACCAAAAAUGAUGAUGAUGAUGAUGUCCAACUAAAAGUGGGCAGUUUUUGAAAGCGUUAUCGUUCUUGCAAUAGCUUUACUAAGGAAAUAAAGUCUUACUGUUACCAAUAAUCUUUAAAACAUCGCUUCAAACAUGCAAGUCGAAUCGAGCGCUACACCUCUGUUGACAGAAGAUAAAGCGAGUUCCUUACUUGGUCAGUUCUGUCCGUUUCAUCCCUAUUCAGCGUUGGAGUUGGUAGAAAAAGAGCAAGGAUUUUGCUGUGUGUACCGCUCUAAAAAAAAUGUGCUUUAUGUUUGCCCCCGCUUCAGAAUGAAAAGGGGACGUAGAGCGGAUCACGUACUAUGCACACUCUGAUGUGAAACAAUAUGCAGCUCAGUUGGUCUGUGAUUUUUCUAACAAGCCUGCACUGACAAAAAGUAAACAGCCUUGGAGCCAGCAUCGCAUGUUUCUGACAUGUUACAAAAAAGAGUGUAACUUUUUUAUGUGGAUAGACCAGCCAAUAUCGCAUGGUAUCAAGGAGCGGCUCUCGUAUUCACCUCAGCCACAGGUCACAAGAUUCCAUCCUUAUGAAGAGAUAAAAAAACGACGCCAAGAGGCUAAACAGAAAGCAUUUAUCCAGCACCAUUUAUACACGCAAAUAUGACGAAGACUUUGAAAUGUGUGACAACGGGUUUACCAGUUUGGGAAGUCCUAACGUCUUUCAUGGGCUUCGAUACAGAGAAUGGAUACAUGAAAUAUGGGAAUCGUGUAAGUUUUAUGUCUGAAAAAUUAAAGAAGACUCUCGAGACGACCCAGAUGCUACACUUUGUUUAGAAAAAAGACGACGUGCUGCGCCAGGCACCUCGAAAUUUACCGAGUUUUGAAGGUUUUGUAUGAAAGACACAUUGAAGACAAACACGUACCUUUUCAACGUUAUGUCAUCAACCCCGAAGAACGUGAAGAGAUUGAAAACGAUAAACAGUUACCUACUUCUUCAAGGGCUUUUGUACAAGAUGCACGCAGAACAAACUGUAUCGCGAUGCUUGACAAUAUUUUCCUCCUGUUUGUUCUAAAUCAAUGAAACAAGUUUGUUUUGAAUAAUAAAUUUCAUGUAACAUCCUAAAUAGACAAAAAGUUGUAAGGAUUGUGAAGUCAUCAAUAAGACACACUUAAAAUCUGGUUGUUGACAGUUUUUAUGGAAACACAACAAUACGAAGGUCGAGGAAAAAAAUUCUAAAAACAUUCAUAAUAGGACUAGUCUUGAUCUUGUGGAAUGGGCCUGCUUUUCGUAUUAAUCGAUUGAGUAAGUUUUUUCGCUUAUUAAUCGCUAGUUCUGUCGAUUCCAACCAAUCAAAUCCUUCUGUAUCUUCAAGCUCUUUUUGGGUUUUUACUCCAUCACUUUUUUGAAGGUGGGAUCUUUUUUCAUUGCACGCAUCCACUGUAGAUCCUCUAAGAGUGCUUUUCUCAGCUUUUUUAUGUAAACAGGAACAAGAGCGUUUUCGUUUGCUUCUGCUUUGAAAAUGGAAUAAUAAUUACUCAGGGGUAAUACAGUGUAAAGAGUUGUAGAGAAAAAAAAAAGAACUUGCCAAUUUAUGACGAAAAAUAUACUUUAAAAACGAAAUAAGAUAUUAAAAACGCUCUGAUUAGGUGAGUUAUGACGUCAUGUCCCUCUUUUAGUAAAGAAAAAAAUUACCAGGUAGGACAUUACUUUCCUGCAAGUUUUCGCUGCCAUGUGAUGAAACGUCAACUCACUACAGCCCUCGACCUAGUCUCCCGACUUUUUCGCUCAUGUUCAUUACCCCCUUAAAUUUUAAAUGCCGGACGUCAACUGAUGAUUUUUAAAUGCCCCACACGAUCAAAACCUCAGAUAAAGUGUUUAUUUUUAACCCAAUAAUGCCAUCUUGUCACAGCAACCAAAAAACCCAAUUCGGAAAUAGUCCCGUGACUGAUGACGUCAUCACCCUAGAUGUGACAUGGGAAGAUAUUUCAUGGCAAAUGUUAUCUUGUUGCGGUCUGACAUUCUUCUACGUAUAAAAUUGUCAAAGUUAUCCCAUUCGCUCCUGGAGAUUUUGCCGGAAAAACGCGUUUUGAAGGUACUCGAGUGGUUUUCUGCCCACUGCCCUGCUAUAAAGAGCUAAAACUCACCACAAACCGGUUUACAGGUCGUACACUUCACGGCCUUCUGAUCCAGAUGCAAAAUAUCAGCUUGCGAAGUUCGGGCAUGCGCGAGCAGAAAGCAAAAUGAUGGUUUUUGAGUUUAAAAGUGACACAGCAGUCUUGACUUUUACCUUUCGCUUUCUCUCCUCCCCUCUUUUUUCGCUUUUCUUGCCUCAUUUUUUCUUUUCUCUUGCUGGGCAUUUAGUAGGCUUCAUUUUGGUGGGAAUAGUUUUUAGGAAAGCUUUUAGGAUCUUAGGAUUAGGUGAAAGGAAAGGUAGGUGAGCAAUGGAACAAGAUUUUCAUGGAGAUUUUCAGGUCAAUGUUACAUGGUUUUUUGCCUCUUUCUCCGGUGUCCUUGACUGAAUUGUGCUCAUUCUGGUAUGGUUUGAAAGAUCUCUUCACUCUGCACAAGUUAGCGGACAAAGUUGUCCUUGACCGUUAAAACUGAUGACGUCACAAAGGGUAGAAAAAACGUGGAUCCGCACGGGCGGUUACCGGCGGUUCAGGCGCGAAUGGGUCAUAAAGCUUUUUAAAAAGUUGCCUCAAAGGAUUCUGGGAUAAUUUUUCUGAUCAUUAUAAUUUACUUUAAUAAUUAUUGAGUAUUUUUGAAUCCAAAUAAUAAACUCUGUUUGCCUCCUUGCAUAUAAUGUUAACGUACCGUUUCGCAAGGGAUCAUCACUUGGCAGUGUCUUGCAAUUCACUUUCCUCUGCAUUUGGCAUCGGAAAAUAUUUUAUCUGCUUACCACUGAUAAAUCACAAUAAUUUGGUAAACUUUUUUUAGUACUUGUUUACUACAAGCUGACAAAAUAAUAGACAACAAUUCAUUUUGCUUUUACUCCAUAAACUAUGGCAUUGACCUUUUUUCAUGUGAUUGGCUUUUUAUGCUGUUUUCACUGAUAGUGAUUCUAUUAGAGCUCUUAGACAUGAUUUGUUUCUUACAGGUCCCGUGGAUGGUCCGCCAAUAAAGAUCUCUGUUACCUCUUUAACCAUGCGAUCAGCCCUGGUAGCUUGGCAAUUACCACUCUACGUCGUCGUGUCCAGAAAAGAAACUUACCUAAUGAAACUAUUACUUUCGAAACAGGGAGGAAAAAAGGUUUAUAAGUUUCAAUCAGACCACUAUAACCGGAUUAUAAUGGAAUUAGAAUUGAACACUGCUUACUGUGUGUCAGUGCUAGUUUCUCACAGCAUAAGGGAUGGUCCGUGGAGUGAGUGUGUCUCUUUCACAACACCUUCAGGUAUUUUGUUAUUUUGCUUAGUUGAAAAGUUAUUUAAACUAAUACUUUUUAAUUGAUUACAUUGGAAUAGGUAAAUAGUUGGGUAAGAUUAAAUUCGCAUGUAAUAAGAAAAAAACCCUAAAAGAAAUUCAAUUGUAAAACGUAAAGUCGCGAAAGACACAGACAACCCAAUGAAAUUGUCUCGUGCAAUCUGUACCUUUAAGCCUGAGGCCUCGUCUAUGUGGAGAAAACCUGUUCCGGGUAGACGGGUCCACCCUCCAACUGUGUCAACUUUAGUGAGCGUUAAUAUGAGAAAAAAAUUAACCCCUUUCCCGGAGCCAACAGCCCUCGCGUAUGCUCUGAUUGUCUCGCCUGAACGAGUUGAUCUAGCUGGGUGCGCCAAAACCUUUGUAUAGAGAAAAAUACAUUUCCUUACAAAACGAGGCGAACCGUUAACAAGAGAAGAAAAAAAUUGGCUCGGCGCCAGGAGGGUGACCCGCCUAGGUGGCUCAGCCUUCUAGCCAAGCCAACAUGUUUUGUAAGGAAAUGUAUUCAAAGUUGGUUCGUCCAGGUUAGCUCGGGUAAGCUGGUGACUCUUUUCUUUGGGACAACUUUUCUCCUUUUAAACGUCGUUUGAAAUGGAAAUGGAUUACAGGACUGUGUCAACGUAUCACGUUCGUAUUUUGAACGAGCUUUUAGCUCCUAGACGUAACGUGUCAAAAUAAAUGAUUAAUUGAUUGAUGAAAUGAUUGAUUGGCCAAAGCGGAAAUUAUCAUAAUAUUCCCUAAUUUCCCAAUUGGGUUGGUGCUCCAUGUAAAGUCAACUUUUGCAAUAUCUUUUGUUCUCUGCACGUUUUGCACGUGCAAUGCAUCAGCUUCUCGAAGAUUUGCAUACAGUGAACGUGUACUUAGGUUUACAUGAAGCCCCACCCAAACGGCGGUAAAAAAUGAAUAUUAUGUUUUUUUUCAGUUUUGCCCAGUUCUAGCUGGUGUGUUUGAUUUUUUUUAAAAUUUUAAUCAAUUUAUUUAUUCAUGAUGUACUCUGGGCUUCUUAGGAUUGCACGUGCAGCGAUUUGCACCGCUUUUUGUCUUUUUAGCUUUUGCCCAUUCUUUUGCCCAUUUACUUUUCGAACAUAUCAGUGGAUUUUUUUGUCCAAUAAGAAUUAAGAGUUGAGAAAAUAUCUCUUACAGACUGUGCAAAUAGCUGAUACCACAUAUAUAUGACUGUAGACUUUUCCCUGAUUAAUCUGACGUUGCAUUUAGUCAUUUGACAUAAUUAAAACUUGUUGUUUCCAGGGCUAGAAUGUCAUUUUGGGUUGUUUACUAUGGUUUUAAAAUUUUCUUUUACUUCACAGUAUGCCCAGAUGGAUGGAGAAGUUAUGGUGGCCAUUGCUAUCGAGCGUUCAGUCAGAAUAAGUCAUGGAAGGAUGCCAAUAACCACUGUCUUAAUAAAAAUUCUGAAUUAGCUUCAAUUCACAGUCCACCUGAAAAUCAGUUAGCAGCUUCCUUAUUGAAUCCAGGCUCUCAAUGUGCGUGGAUUGGAUUACGAAACAAAGGCAUUAAUACCACGUGGACAGAUGGUUCUCUAGUCAACUUCACAAUUUUGAAUGUUUUUGAGGGCAGUGGUAAUCCAGACUUCAAAUGUGUUGCAUAUGUUGAACAAAAUAAAUCAUGGACAGCGAUGUCCUGCUCAUUUCAAUGUACUGAUUUCCUGUGCAAGAGAAAGGGUAAGUCAACCUGGCGAUUUUUCGGGGAGAGGGAAGGAUUGAUAGAGCAUGAAAGGAUGAUUAACACGAAAGGAAUUAUUACCAAAAAGUAAAGUACUUAAAGUAUAUAUACUUAAAGUACUUACUUUAAGCCGCACUUUAAAGUCUUCUGCUUUCAUGUAAGAGCACUUUAUCCACAAAUGUAUACACAGUGAUAGGCUUCGGGUUGCAAAGCUUCGCGGACGAAGGCGAUAUAUACCCUGACACCCACCUCUCAGUACGUUCACAAACAACUCCGUGCCCGUAAAGUUAUCUCUUGUUCGCGAAUCGUAUAUCUUACGGAAUAGGAGACUGUAAACAGUCCAUUGACUGACAGGAGCUUCAUGCUUUUUUUUGGGUUUUUUUUUUCGCCUCGGAGAGAUCUUUAUUAUAGAUAAUCCUGAUAUAUUAUUUCAAACAUUCUAGCAUUUGCGCCAACUAAAAACUAAGAGAAAGUUUUGUUUGAAUCACAGAUUACAGCCAGCAAGACUGUUCAGACCGUCCCCUUGGUAUGGAAAAUUUAGCGAUUCCAGAAACUUCGUUAGCUUAUAAAAAACAGUCUGUCGGAAAUGACAUGCUUUCUCCUCGCCUGAGUUCUUCAGGGGGAUUGUGUUUUGACAGCAGCGUUGAUGCUUAUCUUAGAGUAAACCUACAAUCAAGUCAUUUCAUUUGCGCCAUUGGAACGCAGGGAUACUCUCAUAAAGAUUGGUAUGUUUUCCAAUACAAGAUUGAGCUUGCUGCAUCAUAUUCCAAAGGCGACUAUUAUAUGGAAAAUGGAAACGUAAAGGUUUGUGUCGUUGAUGGUACAAUUGCAAUUCCUAUUUUAAUAGUCAGAAUUUUCAAGCCCCUCUAACAUAGUAAACGUAAAAAAUCUAAAGGAAACAACGCGUAACUAUGUAAUAUAAUUAAGCCUUUGGAGACAGCCAUUUAGCAGCAACUGAUCCGCCAUUUUACCAAAUUUUUCUUUUUGGACCGGUAUUCCGCCAAUUAGCAAGGGAAUGGCUAAACAAUAUUUCUGACACUGAAAGGCAAGGUUUGCUUUAUAUACUGACACUACGACGUAAGCAUUAAAGCGAGGCCUAAGGGUCACAUCGCUAUUAAAUUGUAUAACGUGGCAGACGAGCACCCUAAAACAACGACAAAAAAUAGUUUGUGAUAGAUUUUAUUCGAAACCAAUAGAUCUCUUACAGUAACGGGCUUCUAUUCCGAUACACUUGCCAAAAACGAUAGGGUUCCACAAAGUAACGGUCUUCUAAACCGAUACACGUGCCUUCAACAAAAUUACAAUUCUCCGUUCAAAGUGUCACAUGAACACGUGUUGGAAACGUGAUCAGCUACAUCUAAGAUCAAAAAAUGUCACGCGCGAAAUGUAACACAAAACUCCGUGACACACUCCCCCCUUGACCAGUCGAAUCACUGGUCAACUAGUCUCCGAAUAUAAUCAGCAUUCCGAGCGGCAAGACGCCUGGGUGGCCUGAUGCCAUCAAUUAUCUGCUCCUCCCGAGGUUGUUCAUCAUUACUCACGACAGGUAUCUUCAGAGGAAACAGCCUUUGCACUGGUCUCUUCAUAGUAACAGGUCUACCACUCUUACUCAUAACCUUGACUAAAGCUGCUCUAACGCGAUCGUCCGCACCAUGGAUCAACUGCUCCACUCGUCCAAGUUUCCACUGACUACGGGGUAGAUUGUCUUCUAAAACGGUAACAACAUCUCCCUCAGAUACAGGAUUACUGGAUCUAGGCCUGGAUUUCUGCCGAUGCGGGUUCCUUAACUCUGUAACAUAUUCUCUGCUCCAGCGCCUCCAGAAGUGUUCCAGUAACAAUCCAAAGUACUUCCGUCUUCUUGGGAGAUCUUCCGACGACACUGUAUGGUUAAGUGAGGCUUGUCGAUUUCCUGUUACCUCCGGCAGUGAUAAUAUUCGUCUUCCAUACAUCAAGUGACUUGGUGUCAAUGGUUCUUUAGGAUCAUCUGAAGAUACGUAAGUUAAGGGUCUACAGUUAAGAGUUCCCUCAACCUCGACGAGAACAGUGUGCAAUUCGUCAUAGUUUAACUUAGCGUUCCUAAGUAUCUUCCGCAAACAUCUCUUUGUAUUCUGAAUCAAUCGCUCAAAAAAGCCACCCCACCAGGGCGCUCUGUCCACAUUAAAUCUCCAGUCAAUUUUUUUACUGGCCAUGAAUUUCUUGACUCUUGGGUAAGAAAAUAACUUGCUCAAAAUUUUAUCUGCAGCCUUAAACGUUUUAGCAUUGUCCGAGAUAAUCAGUUCUGGUAAACCCCUUCUAGCUGCGAAUCUCCUCAGGCAACGGAUGAAUACAUCAACCGACAGGUCCGUAGCAAGCUCUAAAUGUACUGCUCUCACAGAACAGUAAGUAAACAAGAGAACAUAGACCUUCUGUAACCCAGACUGUCCUGACACCUUACUGUACAAAGGUCCAGCAUAAUCUACUCUGACAUAAGUAAAGGCAGGGAUCUGGCUCAAUCUAAACUCGGGUAGGUCACUUUGAGGAGGCACUCUGUAACUCUUUCCUUCAUAUCUGCGACAAACUGUACAGCUAGCCAGUGUUCUUUUAACAAACUGUCGUCCCUUGACAAUCCAAAAUCUGGUUCUCAGCUGGGCUAGCGUAGCUUCUACCCUAUUGUGAUGCACCCUUUCAUGAGCAUCUCUCACCAACAGAGUUGAAAGAUAAUGAUUCUUUGGUAGUAAGGCUGGGAACUUCGUCUCAUGUGGUACAUCAGCAUUAGCAAUUCUCCCCUUACAUCUUAGGACUUCACUACUGCCUUCGUACAAACCAAAGUCUCGCUCUAACUGACUGUGAUUUGCUAGGGACCUCAAUUCUUUCUGGACACUUCUUAACCACUUCACUUCUACAUUUCCAAGUUCUUCUGCAGUAACGUCUCCCAAGUAAACAGUUCCUUCCUUUAGCAACUUGGCCUUGAUUUUUAAAUUUUUCACAAAGCGCAACACCAAGACCGUAAUACGAAACAACUUGUCACAGAAGCUAAAAUCUGUGAUCGGAAUAAUAGUGUCCAUAUUGGGUAUUCCAUUUGUAGUUAACAAUACCGCUUCACCAACUGCUUCGAUAGCUUGGCCUUUCUAUCUCUCUUCAGCAAUUGUUUCGGAACAUUCCUCAGAACUGGGCCAGUUUCUCAUGGGCUCCGACAGCCAAGAUGGUCCCUUCCCCCACAACACAUUACUCUUUAACUUAGCCGCACUUUCUCCGCGAGAUCCUAUGUCUGCUGGGUUCUCAACGCCAGGACAAUGGUUCCACAUGCUCUCUUCGGUUAAAGACAAGAUUUCAUUCACAUGAUUUUGCACAAACUGCUUCCACUCCUUCGAACCCUUUAUCCAGCAGAUUGCAGUAUUGCUGUCUAGCCACAAGUGUGUCUUGUCAAUUGUAAUCUGUGACGCCAAGGCUUCUUUAACUAGGACACCAAUCUUGCUAAGAUGACCCCAGACAGUAAUUCGAGUCUAGGGAUAGACUGCCUUGUCAGCGGUGCCACUCUGGUUUUGGAUGACAACAAAACUGGAAAAAAAUCACCACUCACUUCAAGAACCAAGUAAACAGCAGCACAAUAAACCUUCUCCGAAGCUUCCCCAAACCCAUGAACAACAUACGACGUAACACCUUCCUCUAAUCCAGCAUACACACACCCUCACAUUAACACUUGCUGCACCUUCCUCAAGUCCCAGUUACCACCCACUGCUUCCGGUGACCUGGGAGUGAGGCAUCCCAUUCAAACUUGUCCUGCAAAAGAGAUCGAAAUAAAAUCUUCAGUUUCCACCAGUAUUGGAAUUGAGUACUCCAUGGGGGUCAAAGAAACCUUCGAAGUAACUUAACAAGCCUCCUGGUCGCUCAAGUCUUCUGAAAACUUCAGUAAGGCUUCAAAUUCUAAAAUGAACUCACUUAGUACUGGCUGGAAGUUCCACCAGACCAAGUACUUGUGUUCAUCUCCGUACCGCUUCUUAAAUGAUUGACAGUAGUUUUGCAUAAGACCCUGUAUCCUCCACUAUGUUAAUAAAAGUUUCGACAGUCCCAAACUUGUCUCAUAAAUCAAUUAAGCAAUUAUAAUUUGAAUUGAAAUUCUUUCAUAAGUUAACCCACCUUCCAAUAGGCACUUUAGACUUCUGAUAAAGCGACAGACACUCCCUCAACACCUUUUCCUGUCACAAAAUCAUCCAAAUGAAUUCAACAAGUUGUGAACUAAAACCAGGGUCCAGCCUUUAUAUUGACUGAUAAGUGAUACUUCAAAGUGGAAUUUAAAAGAAAGGGCUAGUAUUCAAAACACCACACGACAAAACCGAUAUAACAUCAAUCCGGGAUUCUCUUCUUCUAAACUGUCCACCAGAGGAAUCGCAGGACAUCACGAUCUUCUUCAGCAACUCCCACAUUGAGAAAGGCCUUUUCAAUGUCUCCUACAAGUGCAAUUCUUUUCUCUCUAAACCGGAGGAGAACAUUGAAGAUUGUUGGAGUUAAGGCUGGUCCCGAGUAAAGACAUUCGUUAAGACUUGGACUUUCACUGCUGGGCUUUGACGACGCAUCAAAGACAACACGAAGUUUGGUUGUAAGGGCAUCCCGGCGUACCACCCCAUGAUGCGGUAAAUAAUGCACCCUUCCAACAUCAGGACGCUUGCCAAAGUCUACUUGCUCAAUUAUACCACUCUGCAGCUUCGCACCGUUACUAGAACUAGAUGGAACAGACCCACCUUGACUUCCUUGAGGCGAUUCUUGUUUGCCAUGAGAAUUUUCACAUUUCUGCAACUUGAUAAGGGUGCCAUGACUUCGCGCGCGAAACUCUUCAGAUUCCUCUAUCUCAGGUUCUAAAUUUCCUUCGUCGAUUGCGGCCAAAAUCGAUUCGUCCAAGGCCUUUAAGGUCGCUAAUUUUUCAUUGAGCGUAAUAGUUAUCCGUUUUAUCUUGUCUUUAGUGGUAUCACACCCAUCGUAAUCCAUGAGAAGUUCAUCGACUGAUGCAAAAACUUUCCUUGUGUUUAAGCGAUGUGCCGCACGUAUUUUCAGGUUCUUCGCUAGUUUUCCAGGCAUAAUUCAGCUAGUUCUGACUCCAAAUCCGGUUCUUGGGACCAAAUGUGAUAGAUUUUAUUCGAAACCAAUAGAUCUCUUACAGUAACGAGCUUCUAAACCGAUACACCUGCCUUCAACAAAAUUACAAUUCUCUAAAUCAAAAAACUACUCCGUUCAAAGUGUCACAUGACCACGUGUUCGAAACGUGAUCGGCUACAUCUAAGAACAAAAAAUGUCACGCGCGAAAUGUAACACAAAACUCCGUGACAUAGUUCUCACAAUUGCUGCGCUGCUGCGUUUUGCAAUAAUCGUUCCGAUUAUAGGAAAGACAACCUUUUUUAUGUAUUUCCGAAGGAUCCUUGCCAAAGCUAGUUUCUCCACUGUCCACUUUCCAACGCUUGUUCAUUUACUAUUAGUGCUCCAGGAAUAUCUGUUGAGGUUAAUUUUAAAUCACAAAUUCGUCUUGUUUUCCCCGCCCCAUUUACUUUUUUUGAAGUUUGCGGAAAGUCUGGUGUCACUUAGACUUCGCUUUCCUGCUUACGUCGUACGUGUGUAUUGGAUGUAAUAGACAGCUUUCACGAUGACGACAUUUUACUUCAACUACCAGAAUUCAUUUCAUUUUGCUUUCUUAUUUAAAUUUGUCAAUCCCACUGAGGUAUAAAUAAUAGCCCUUAUUUGCACAAGACAACAACUAACUGAAUGAUUCUGGCAGUUGUAGUAAAAUGAUGUCAUCUUGCAAUUGUCCUAUCAAGGAAUUAUUUUGAUUGUUUGUUUAUUCCUUUUAUCACAUGCGUGCAAGCCAUUUUUUAAAGAUAAAACAUAUUUCGAUGUUUUUUUUCUCGAUCUCGGCUUUUUCCCUUUGCCUCUCUUUUUAUAAUUAGUUUUGUUACCCACUUUACGGUUUUUCUGUCGGUGGAACUGUGGCUGGCUAACUUUCCAGGUAAGGAACAAAAUAAAUCUGCAAAAAGAAGUAGGUCAAUAGCAAAACUGGCGUGGAUUUUUCCCCAAAAUGCAUGUUAAUUGGCUUUUUGUGUGUAACUGUGUCAGGAUUGUUCGAAAUGUGUAAAAUGAAGUACCCAUAGAGAGAUGAAUCUUUGCUGUUUUCGUUGCUUGCCAAAUGGCUUAAACAGAAAGCUUUUAAAAUUGUUCCAGGAAAGAAAAUAUGCAAUUUUCCAUACGGAACCGAAACGACCAAAGCGGUCGACAAAGGAUGUAACGGUACAUCGACUAUGAAAACGAUAAACAAGAGCGGACCUAAAAUAGAGCUUUGUAGAGCUCCGAAUGUCAUUGAGAGGGAGCUGGGUAACACACCACUGACGCUAACUUUCUGUCGGUGCCCUUCAACAUAUAACGUGAACCGCUUAGAGUGAUGCGUCUGAGAGUUGGUAAGUUGCAAACUCCCUGAGCAAGACCCCAUUGUCAACCAGGUCAAAAGCCAAGUUUUAGGAAAUCGAUUACAAAUUGUCCCGUCGCAAGGCCAGUCUUCGUGUUAGCUAACAGAUUAGCCCCGAACUCAAGCAUGGAAGAUUCACAAGAGUUGGUACUGGAAUAAUCGCUUAGCUUAGUUACUCGCAAGUUGAUAAAUGGACGUGGCGUUCGCGAUCGAGUAACUUAAUAAACAAUACAGGCAGAAUGCUAGUGAGUUGUAAUAGCCAACGUUGAGAUGAUCGCUAACUCUGAACAUUGGUGGAACAUAUGAAUUUUUUCUUGUAGCAGGGAUAGCUGACUUUCUGAAAGGCAUAGAGAUCUAAUUUUUUCUAGUGACUCUGUUAAUGCAGGAGCAGUUUAAUUUCAUAUAACAGACCCACCUUAUUCCAUCUAGUCGGGUACGCAAACGUAGCUUUUGUAGGAUGGUGUUCAAAAAGAAUUUUUUUGAUGAAGGAUUGUGUUAGCUCUGGAAAGUCAAAUGUGGUAGAGUUUGAGGUAUAGGAUGAACUGAUGUGUUUUAUGUGGAACCUUUCCAAACGUAUCCAAGUUUUAAUGGGGACUUUCAAUCUGUUUCAGAUAUUCGAGGCUAACAACAACAGAUAUGCUGUGAAAAAGAACGCCAUUCUAGAGUCUGGAGUAGUGGCAAAAUACGUGACUCUGUGGCCGACAGGCUGGGUUGAAAAGCUUUGUUUUAGAAUGGAGAUUUAUGGGAAAAGUUACCUGGAAAGAGGUGCGACCCUUUUAUUUUUUUUUCUACAGUACUGACUGUUUUAAAAGAAUCCAAUUAAGUCUAUUAUCUUAUCAUUCUUUGAUUCAAGAGACAAACUUUAACCCGGCAAAACAACUCCUAUGAAUGGUUAAAAAUAAGUAAUUAUUGAUUUUUUUCUCCUCCCUUCCUUUUUUUAUAGAUGGUUAAAUUACUGAAUAGUAAUUUAUAAUAAAGAGUUAAAUUUAGUGGCUUUUGCACUACUGUGAUGUUAUACGUUUUUCUAGUCGUGAAAAUAAGACUUGUUUCUUCUGUCAGUGUUGUUGUUGUUGUAGCCCUUCAGUCAUCAGAGCUUCCUUGCCAAUAUUGUUUCCCUUGGCUUAUAAAAACUCUCUAUAUUAUGAUGGGAAAGGAAACUCGAUAAGCCAACAUUAUUAUCAAUUGUUAUUUUCAUUCAUAUUAUUAUUGUUAUUAUUAUUAUAACAGUUUUCAACAAGAAGAUAAAAUUAGGUUAUAUUGUAAAAACCAUAACUCCCUGCUAAGGUAAAAACUCGCACUCAGUAACAUCUUGGCUACAGUCCGUAGGUUAAAAGUCCCACUUAUGAAGCACAAAUUGCUUUUUUCUUUGAAGUCCCUACCCGUGCACCUGAAAAUGUCUCUUAUUGGUUCUCUGCGGAUGGGUUAGAGGUUGCGUGGAGUCCUUUGCUUGCGUAUUUUCGUGGCUAUACUCUCCUGGGAUACGAGAUUGACGUCAUCGGCCCAGGAAAUUAUUUGUUGGAUGUUCGGAGGCAUUCCGAUGAGCCACCUUUCUGGGAAUUGAUAAAAGGAAUAAAAUCAGAGCAAGUUUAUUGCGUGGAAGUCUAUGGAUACACAACAUUUGGAAGAGGAGUUUCAAGUAGCUGUAAUGGAGGUACAAUGAAAAAUAAUCUAUGAUAGACCUUCGUAUAAGCGCUUCACAGCCCCUUUGUUAGCGCUCCUUCCCCACCUUCAUAACUAAAAAACCGAAACGCAAAUCCUGAAAGCUAAGGCUAAGUGAUUUUAGAGUGAAAAAAAAAUCUUACAUCGAAUUGAUAGCCGUAUAUAUGCACCCAAAAAAUAGCAAUGAUCUUCGACCACAUUUAAGAGCCAUAAUGGACCUUGAUCACAGUAGAUUAGGCCUCGAAAACGAAUUGUUGGAAAACAAAUCCGGCCGAAUUUUUUGCAUUCUACGAGUUUACUUAAAAAAAUCUUGCCAACAACUCUGGGUGCGUGUAAACGAACAUUUCAUACUUUUUAUACAUCACAUCUGAGGUGAAACAGUAAUAUGAGGCGCUGUUUUUAUCAUACAGACCUCAGACAAAAUGCAAUAUUUCACAAUUUUUCAAGACAAAUUGCACUUGUUCAAUAUUCAGAACCGUACGACGCAAGCGUGGGCUUUUGGCAAAACCGUUCAAAAAAUUUCCAAAAUCACCUACACGGCCAGCCGGUUCUCACUUUUGACAAGCGUCAAAUUUUCAGUGAACAUUAAAAGAGUUACGCUUCAACACAAUAAAGCAUUUAUUGUGUUUAUUUUUUUUUAUUUAAUGGUUUUAUAACGAUGUGUAAUCUUAAAAAGCGUUUGAUACGCUCGGCAUUUUGAGUACUCCUGCAAGCGAUGUUUAUGAACGACUGAAAAUAAACGGCAAAGCGAUUAAAAUUGCAAGAAACUACUAACAAUCAAGAAAAGAAAUGUAAUUCGGUGAAACAUUUACAGAGACAACAAUUUUCAUUCACGAAGACAAGCAUUAAAGCGUCUCUAAAAAUCCUCAGUCUUUAAGCUUAAGCUUAAAGCUUUUAGCCGGCUUCCUGGUGUUUACUGUUUUCAAAGAUGAACUCGAGGCAAGAAAAUCGCUCAAAGCUUUCUUUCUACAGCCAAAAUUAUAACAAAUACUCUUCGGAACGCUUUUUCUUUCUAUUUAUGGAGAGCAAAUAUCGACUAAAGGCUUCUUAAAGCUCUGUAAGCUUGUAUCAAAGCUCAUACUAGAUCAGAUCAUUGUCUCAGAUCUUAAAACAAUUGUGCAUAAACUAGCCUCAUAAACUGCGCUCGACUUCAUGAAAUUAGAUACAGAAAAAACAAACACAUACACUGUAUGCAAUAAUUACUCAGGCUUACCAUUCGAGAUGCAACUCCUGAAAGCUAUCAGGUAAGGCCAGAAUCGCUUGAGGGACUCUUUAAACCACCCGCAUCCAGCAAGGUGAAAAACGAAAACAAUGUCAUCCGAAAUCGGAUUUCCAGCUUUGACAAGCAGCGCAUUUCUCAACCAAAAAUUCAAUAAACAAACCAGCCAUGAAUAACAGAAGACUGUUGACGGCAGCUGUAUUUCAUUUUAGGCAUCCGGCGGACAGUAAGACAGUAAAAGACAGUAAAAAACAUCACAAGUUGACAAAAAACUCUGUCCGCUUCAGCUGUCAAAGUAAACAAGAUUCAAGAUGCUGAAUAAGACACGCAAUCAGAGCAUAAAAAUUGGACGGUCGUAGAGCGUGAUCAAUGCCUGACUAUGAUGAGAAAAGUGAAAAGCCUCUGUCUUCCCUGCUUGUAUUUUUAAAUGACUGGCUGAAUUUUCGCGUCCGAGAUCAGUUUGAAAUCAAAAUGCUAAUAGCGCGGGGCCAUAGAGACAUUAACACAACACUUUCUGUCAUCAUGUCGUUAUUUUGCUGCCGUUCUCUUUGCCUUUGUAUUUAUCUUUCGCGUUGCCUUUGUCUAUUCAUUCUAGCUCUGUCUCGUUCUGCUUGAAGGCGUUUUUCACUAUAAUUUUCUCUCAUUCUUCUCUCCCUGACUCUUUCUACUUGCCGACUUUCUUCGCUAAAAUUUUGUCUUCUUCUUCUACUUCUAACGCGCUCUCUUUGGCGAUCGUCUUCGCUUGCUCUACGCGUGUUGACUCUUCCUCUCUCCUUAAAACCUGUCGUCUAGACGCUGUAAUCUCUCUGCUGUUUGUUUUGUUGUUUGUUGGCUUUCGUAAGUUGUAAUAAAAAGUUAUAAAGGCUCUGUCGAAAAAUUUUUUGCCAUUAAGUUGCUUUGAAAUUUCUUUUUUCAAAACAAGUUGGCGAUAUAAUUGCGCGACGUUGCGCCAUGCGAUUUCCCGCCAAAAAAUGUCUACUUUCCCCUACCCCAAGAAUCCAUGCGGACUACUUUCCACUACCCGGAAAGUCCGUACGGACGGACGUACGCUGACGUCAUAACCAAAAUUUCUCGGAUGGAUAGUUUACCAAAUUAUCUUAGUUAUGGUGCUUCGCUCGCGCGCGGUUCGCGCGCGCAAGGAGCUCCGCUACAAAGGAAUACUUUGAGUAAUAAUCAGCAACUACGAGAUAUUCGGAGCCAUCAAGAGCGAAGAGAUCAGCGCCAAUGGUGUGCCAUGCCUUGGGGGGUACCUCUGUGGUGAUUAGGGAUUCUUUUUGUUGGCUAUGCUGGAGGCCCUCACAUGUACUGCAUGUUUUUGUGGUUUCUUCUAUGUCCUUGUACAAGCCUCUCCAGUAGACUGAGGUUCUAGCUCUUAGCUUAGUUCUCUCGGUUCCUUGGUGUGGUGCGUGUAGUUUCGUCAAAAUCUCUUUCUGCAGCGUGGCGGGAAUGAUAAUACGGUAGGAUUUCAUGACUAUUCCGUCUUCGGUGGCUAGCUCCUCCCAGUAGGACCAGUAUGGCUUUAAGAGUGUUGGGACUUGCUGGAUGUGUGCAACCUGCGUGGAUCAUUUCUUUCAGUGCAUUGAGCUCUGCGUCCAAGCUGCUCUGUUCUUUGAUCUUCUGCAACAUGCUGCUACUAAACUGAGGAAAGAUCUCGUGUAUUCGGACGUUCAUUCCGGGGAUAGGGUCUUGACUCUCUGCUGAUAAUCUUGACAGGGCAUCAGCGACUUCCAUGUCUUUGCCCGGUUGGUAGCGAAUGGUGAGGUCAUAUGUUUGCAGUCUUAGCAACAUCCGCUGAAUACACGGGGGAGCAGCUCUCAGGUGUUUCAGGUGGAUGCUUUCGAGGGGCUUGUGGUCAGUGUGGCCGUACAGUUAGGUGUGGAAUUUGUCGCAGCCGUAGACAACAGAAAGCAAUUCCCUUUCGACGUUUGCGUAUCUUGACUCGACAUCUAUUAGGGCGUUACUGGCGAAAGCGACAGGUUUACGGUCUUGUGUGACGGCAGCACCUAAGCCUUUCAUGGAAGCAUCAACUUGAAGAAUGGUUUCUUUCAUUGGAUCGAAGUAUGUCAGAGUGAUUUCGUUGCUGAUAGAGUCUUUGAUCCUAUUAAAAGACUCUUGGUGCGCUGCGUACCAUUUAAAGUGGUUGUCCUCUUUCAGGAGCUCACGGAGUGGGGCCGUCAGUGUACUCAGGUUUGGGAUAAAUGGGCCCAUGUAGUUUGCUAGCCCCUAACAAGGUUUGCAGUUCCUGGCAAUUUGUAGGGGAAGACAUCUGCUUCAAAGCAGAGCACCAUCUUGGCCACAAAUUACUGCAUAGAAUUUGAUCUUCUCUUGCUUUACAUAAGCACUUGUCAGGGUUUAGCGUCCAGUAUCUAUGCAACGAUUUAGCAUCGCGUGCACGUUGCGGUCGUGUUCCUCUGUGGUCUUCCCGAUAAGUACAAUUUCAUCUGCAAUUCGACGCCUUCGCAUCCUUCAAAUGUUUGCUCUAUCUUGGUCUGGAAAACGUCUUAAGACAUUUUGAGCCCAAAGGGCAUGCGCUUGAAUCUGUAUUACCAAAUGGCGAAUUAAAUGUAGUGAGGUAACAAGAUUCUUUAUCCAGGACCAGAAACUCAUAAGGGGUUGAAACGUGUAACUCUCAUAUGUUUGCUUUGUCCGAUGCUCGUGAUUAUUCAUUUUCGAAAGUACCAUAUUUGGAACGAGAAGAAGAGAUAACUGACCAAUCAAAUUUCGUAAACAACGUGACGUAAUUUUCCUUCAGGUUCCCGCGCCCGCUUAAAAAAAUGGCCGACAAACGGGAGAAAAACUCUCGAAAGCCGAGAAAGCUUUCAAAGGUUGAAACCAGAAAUAUUACCGAAACACUGAACAGGAUAUUAUUGCCUUACCACCCGGGCCAAACGUGACAUUAUGAAACCCACUGACUGCCUCGCAACUUCUUGAAGUUGUCACUUCAAAAAACGAUGCCUCGUUGACCCUCUGUACAGUAAACUUAUACUGCAAAUAGGCUUUUAAAAUUCUUAUGUUAAAAGUCUAGAAUAAACAGUGAAAAAUAUUUUCGAAUAAAAUUCAUUAGCUGCUUAUCGAAAAGUGUCCAAAACCUGAACCUGACAUCUUCGCAAAAAGUGAUGCUUGUAAUGAAUGUGAGAAGCAUUUUAAAAGCUUAAAUUAAACUUAGAUGUUGUCACGAUCGUGUUUUGAGCUAAUUUUAUGAAUGAACAAACUCAAAACAAUAGACAGAGAAGCCGUUUCUUGGAAAUUUUUAUUCAAAGUCCAAAAAGUUAAUCCUUUAAAGCAAUUCGGAAAACACUAUCUGGAUCGUGGAUUCGUUCACGCAAGGGAAAUCGGCCAAGCAUAUGGCAAAAUUCUUCACAAAAUCCAUCUCAAAUCAGGGCACAUUUUGUAAUUUUUCUUUAGCGCCGAAGAGAAAAAUUUAUAAAACGUCUAUGAAACAUAAAUUAAAUUCCGUUUCAAAAACGUAAUUGUCUUGGUCACAGAGUGCAAAAUGUACCUGAAAAUUCAGCAAAAAGUUCGCUGACUUGGUUGCAUUUCAAAACAGACCAUGGGCUCCGCCGUGAAGAAAACAAGGUUGAAUUCCUCGAAGGACGAUUUCUUGAUGAAAAGCUUCCCUUUCUCCACAAAAAGAAAGCUGAGCAUUCUUUUGAACUUUCUCUUUCCAGUUUUUGUCUUUUAACGGUGUAUUUUUAACCUUGAAAUGCAGAACUCUUGUCUUAAAACAUCUGCAUGGUGAUCGCACAGUAGCCAUUUUGUUGAAAAUGGAUAUCCGUCACUAAGGUUUCCAAAUAUGGUCAAAAUGAAUAUUCACGAGCAUUGAACGCGAGUUACACGUUUCAACCCCUUAUGAGUUUCUGCCAGGACCAUGUUCCAGUACCCGCAUUUUGCAUCCACCAUAGAAAAUACUUUAGCAUCAGCUAGCUUUGGUAGGAUUUCUUCUAGGGUUGGAGUGACAUGGUGUUCUCUCUGAAUGGCUGCAUUGAGGUCUUUGGGAUCCAGGCAGAGCCUCAACCUCCCGUUCUGCUUGCGGCGGUAAACAAGGCUGUUGACCCAUUGUGUAGGUUCACCUUCUCUGAUCGUUGUUAUAAUGUCACUGUUAACUAUCUCGUCCAGUUCCCUUUUGAUGUCGUCCUUGAGGCUGAUUGGCAUACGCCUUGGGGGAUGGACAACUGCGGGGACAUUAGGGUCAAGUACUAUGUGGUAUUCGCCUUGGAACUUUCCCACUCCAAUGAAGCACUCGGGAUACUGACUGAGGUCCUGUUUGUUCUUAAUGUGUUGCUCCUUGGAAACUGUAUUGUUGCGGGGUGCAGGGUCAUUUUCCUCAACAGAAAAGUUAAGUGUCAGCAGCUUCAAGUCGGUGGAAGUCAGGAGGCCUAUAAUUGCUGGGCCUGGGGUGUCUGUGACAUAGAAGAAUGCGCGAGCUUUUUCCCCUUUGUAGGAACAAGGUAUGGUAACAGUAGCGUGAUGUUUGAUUUGUGAGCCGCCAUAGGCAGUGAGGAUAACAUCCGAGGAUGAGACUGGUCUGAGACUUCUAUGAUCGUCUAGGUUGUGCGGAUACAUUUGACGAUAGAGCCGCAUCGGGAGUAUGUUGCCCUGUGCACCGGUGUCAAGCUUGGCUUUAAGGACGGUGUUCUUGUGAGUGCCCUGUGGCAGGUUUCGAUUAAUUGAUACGAACACUUCAUCUCUAUAACGAUUAGACUCUGCGCGAGACACCGGCUAUGGUAAUUGAUUCGAAAACAACCGACUCAAAUGCUGGUGAUAAUGUUGAUUCGGCGCUUGCCUGUGAGGCUUGGCUUCCGGCUUGUUCUAAAGAGUGAAAUCGUUGCAGUACAGACAUGUCUGACCAGUAGUUAGAAAGUAAAUUGUGGGAGCGGCCACAGUUUCCGCAUAACCGUGUUCCUCUUGGGGGUUGAGAGUUUGAUGGUUGGGUGCCCUGUGGUCCUUUCCGCGUGUUUUUGUUUUUGGACCAAGUGAACGGAUUCCUCAGAGUUAUUAAUGCUACUGCUCGCCAUGGCAGAUAGCUGUGCUUGAGAUGCUUGGAAUGAUCUAGCAAGUUCCACCGCUUUGUCGAGUGUUAGCGCGGACCCUUUACUUAUUAGCUUUUCUCUCACUUUGAGCGAGUUAGUGCCGAAUACCAUGCGAUCGCGUAUCAUUUCGUCGUAUCUUUGAAAUCGCAGUCUUGGGCGAGGAUGCGUAGAUCUGUGAUGAACUUCUACGCUGUUUCGGACUAUCCUUGAAAACGGCUGUGAAAUUUAAAUCUGGCGAAGACAGGGUUUGCUCUUGGACUGACGUGAGCUUCGAAGCGAUCGUAAUAUGUUUUCAACUUACUCUUGUCCUCGUCGGUGAUGUCGGUCCACGUGUUGUAGAUAUCACGUCCCUUUUGUCCGACCCAGAUAAGUAGGUAGCUCAUUUCUCGGCUUCUUGGCGUGAUUUGAGCGGACCGGAGAACAUGAGCUCCACGUGCUAUUUGAAGCGACGCCGAUUUUCUUUAAGAUUGUCACCGUCCCAGUGCAUUUCGGGGCAUUCGAUGCCGCUUAGAGUCAUUGCUUUGUUGUUUUCACUUUUACUUCUGACGCCAUGCAUAGAUUCUGAGUCGUAACAUACAAACUGUGUGGUUUUACUGUAUACUGAGCGGCAAUAUGGCCGAAUAAAAUAGUAACAUGAGCUUCGCAAGGCAUCAUGGCCAAAACACCGGAAAUACAAAUAACGGAAGUGUCAACCGUUGAAGGUAGUAUAGAAUCAUUACAAAGUCAAGGAAGUGUAAAGAGAAAAGAAAAAGUGAAAAUUGAGCAGACACGGAUCAAGCUGUCAAAUCCCGGAAAUGGAGAACAUUAAUAGAAACAUUUGCUUCAAACUUGAAAAUGAAUUUCUUUGAAAUGCUUGUGACGACGGCUUCUUCAAGUCAUGAUAGCACAGUAACUGAAUUACACGGAUGUCGAGUUUGUGUUCGACUAAAAGAUACCCUUUUUGCAAGACUGCGAAAAAUCUUUCUUUCUGACGUCACAUUUUUCUGUCUCAAUUUAGUGUCUUGCGUACCCCCCUUAUAAAAACGUUAUUUGUGUGUAUCAUUUUUCAUGUCUCAGUCACUUCAUACUGAUGUUAUUUUGCCCUCUAUGGCAUUUUUUACCUGCCCUCUAUUAAUGUCUUUCUACUACCUCUCGCAUAUUCUGUUCAUCAAUUUACAGAUUCAAUCGGAGCUCCAGUCAUUUUAAGUUCGCGGAAGAUCAACUCUACAUCUUAUGAGAUUACAUGGGAACCAGUUCCUCAUUACAUUCACGGUGCAACCAUCGUAGGAUACCGCAUAUCAUACUAUACUGUACAGGGAUCCAACUCCUUGAGGAAUAUAACCUAUAUGGUUAGCAACAGUAGUGAAUAUGCUGUAGUUCUUAAUGGUUUACAGCGUAAUUCAAACUACUGUGUCCAAGUUCGUGCCUUCACCAUCCAAGAGGAAGGUCCAGCCAGAGAGUGCGUCUUUGUCCGUAACGGUAAGAUUUUUUGAAGCUGUAGAAUUUCCGUCUUCUUUCCUUGCCACCACAUGAAAAACGAAACGAAAUUUAUAUUUCCCAUCAGUGCCCCGAAGCUACAACGCGUGGGAUUGGAACUUGCAAUUGAAUCAAUUGGAUUAGUAGAUUACUAAAGUAAACAUGUUUUGUUUUUAACCUUUUCUCCCUCCCCCUCAAAUGAUGAGCUCGUAAUAUGACAUAUCGAUCGAGUCAGUUCAGUCAGAUCCUUUACACAUUCUGAGUCAAAGAAUAUUUGAUAUAUAUGAGUAUGGUAUGAGACUAGCAAAGAAAAUCGUUACAACUGUAAGCGGAGUUGCUUAUUAAAGAGGGGGAAAAUAAGUUUGUAAUAUUUAAAGAAGGAAAGUGUCAGAGCGAUAACGGCAUUACGGAAAGAAUCGACGCCACAAGUUACUGACAUUGAGGUAAUUGACGUUCAGUUAGGGGGAAAUAAUAAGAUUAAAGGUGUUCUUUUUCGUAGAUGUUAUUGUACUACCACCUCCAAAAGCCUUGGCUUACCAAGACUUCUCUUCAAUUGUUACGGUUCAAUGGCAAAGCCUGGAAGGUCUUCCAAACGGCCUGCUUCAAGGUUACGUUGUGCUUCUGCCUGAUGCAAAUACUUCGAUUUUUUCUGCAACCUGUAUGACGAACAUCACUGGCAUAUUUUCUGGCUGUAUUCAAGUAGCUGCCUUUACAAGGGAAGGCUUAGGAAACAAAACAGGGUGUCUUACGAUACUAAACCGUAAGUAACUAAUCACAAUUGAUAAUAAAAAUACAGCGGGACAUAUACUCUAGCAGAAUGAUGAGGUGAGGUGAAAUUAAACCACUGAAUUUCACUGGUGGGGACGAUGAAUUUUUUAUACUUAGGGACUUGUCAGAAAUUAGCAAGGGGGAGGGGGGGUUGGAAACAGAGGGAGGGUCACAACUUUUUGAGACUGCGGAAAAGGGAGGGGUCAUGAAAAAUGGGCUGUUAAAAGGGGGAGGGUAAUGCAAAUAUGUGUCCGUGAUCAUGUAGAGGUUCACCCACAAAAGAAAAAAGAAUGCCAGGGAUGCGAUCCGCUGAAUAUUAAGCGACAAUCCUGCUAAAAUUUUUCAUAAUUAUACAUAAUUAUGCGAAUGUUUAGACAAUCAACCAAUCAAAAUCACUACCCGGUUUUCGGGUAUUGGGUGAUGUCACUGGACGGCAUUAACGGCCGGUCGAUUCAGACGUUGUUGAGAGGAGGAAACGACUCAAAGCACCCUAGUGUAUUGCAAGAACUAGAUUUUAUCAUUUAUACAAUAGGGGGAGGGUCACGAUAUUUUAGUCCAAGGUCAAGGGGAGGGUUAGCAAAUUUCACUCUCAUUGUAGAGAUGGGUCAACUCAUUUCCAAACCCAAAUUUAAAAUUCCCAACCCCCCUCCCCCCUGCUAAUUUCUGACAAGUCCCUUAAUUUAGGAAGAAAGCCGUCAUUAGAGUAAUCCACAAGCUGAAAACAGAAUAAUAAGUAAGUACAAUGCAGUGAAGUCCAUCGUUGUAUUGCUUUUUUUCUGGCUGAAACAAAUAUUAACGUUAGCCCUGUAUUGGGCUCGCUAAACCAGUCAGACGGUCAGUGAAGGUCCCCGUCGGUUCCAUGAUGUGAUGUCAAUCUAACAAUGGUUUGAAUAGUAAUUCAAGUGUUGAUAUGAUCUGAAUUUGUUUUAACUGAUUUUGUUUCUUAGAUAAGUGUAAUCAUUAUUCAUUCAAAAUAUUUCUCCGAUUCUAAUUGGCUAAAAGCACACGCAUAAUUCACCAUAACCAGCUACUGACGACCAAAUUUGGAAGAAUUUUGCGAUUAAUCAACCAGCGACGUCAAAAGUGCAGCUUCCGUGCAGGUUGAUGCACCUCCGCGAGCUGUGCGGGCUAUGGCGUGAGAUCAUUCUUUGCAAAGUUGUUUUCUCUCAAUAACAAUUUUUGUGUGAAUUAAUAGUUUUCUGGCACCUAAAUAUGGAUUUUACAAUCAUUUUAGCGUACACUUUCUCUCAGUUUCAGGAUAAAAACAUAAGCUUGACUGUGAGGAAAAAAAUAUACUCACGCAAACAUUGACGCGUGCUGCUUUGAGCGCGCCUACAAUAAUAAAAUUUUAAGUUAACUGAUGCAUUGAUCGCUUUGAUAAUGUUAUAAAACGACUAGUUCAUGUUUCAGCAGUGUGUAUGACGAGAUAUUGAGCACUUGGGAAGUUUGGAGAGCACUCAAGAGGCUAGAG